GAAAUGAAAUCGCAGAUGUUCCAUCAAUUUUCGCGAAACCUCGUGAAAGUUACGGAAUAGCACGUACAUAUUUGAUGAUUUAAAACGGUGGACGGGUGAGGCAGAUUGGGAGAAAAAAAAAAUCGCUGUACUGCUAGUUUAGUCAGUUACUCUCGUUACCGGUCACUCUACUUAACGUUUGUUUUUACUUUCAUGAUAUUUUCCUCCGAGUUGUAUUAGAUGGAUUUCCUGGGAGCCCCUGGUUUUCCGGGGGCCGCGGGCCCGGGCAUUGCCGCAUCGCAAGUGACUCGUAGUGGUGUGAUGGAAUCUUUGAUUGAAGCUGUCCUGGCACCCCUUGGAAUUACUGCCGGACGGGAAGUCGUAAAGGUUAUCGCUUUAGAGGUAUUCGCUCAAUUGCCUGAAGGUCAUUUAAAAUGGGCUAUGAUGAAUGCCGCAGUGUCGGGUGUGCCUAUACUGAAUCUUGCCAUCUCGGGAUAUCAGUACUUCUGCAUCGCGACCAUGAUCUACGAUACCUAUGUCAAAUUGAGGGAUAAUGGCGAAAUUCCGGGUGUUCCCGCUGCUACGAAAGUAAAGCGGAAGCGGCGUGGGAAAGCAAGCAGCAACGGUUCAUCGCCCAAUGCGAUUUCCGGUCACAUCAACAGCAUGGAUUACUUCAAAAGUAAAUUACAAACGAACAAUUUAGUAAAUUCUGCGUUGCCGAAAAUGCCUGCGAUGUUCCAAGCUAGGAAAGAUGAUCCGAACACGCUCUCAUCUAAACCUGCUGAAAGAAAUGUAUUGGCGAAACCGUCAGCGAUGCCACUAAAUUCGUGGUUUAAGAACAUGGCAGUUCGCUGGGGAAUUCCAUUGAGACCGACGAUGAUCCCAGACGAACAAAAGCGAAGUUCCGCGGUUUCAUCCCCGACAAAGGUGAGGGAACCUAUUACCAUGCCGAAAAUCAACUUGCUUGGCAUAAGCGGGAAGCUGCCAGAGAAACCAUUGGAUUUCGCUAGCUUCUAUCGAGAGAAGAUGGGAGCGGAGAGGUAUAGAAAUCUCGUCGAAUCCAUCGUUCGACGUUCUAUGCAACGGAAAACCAGGGGCUCUACUCCUGAGAAAUCUGUGGCAUCGAAUGCUUCCGUCAGUCGCACGUCUCAGUCCGCUUCGCGUGCCCAAAAAGAGUCGCAUUCCCCUGUACCCAUUUCGGUGCUCAAUGAAAAUCGAGUCGUCGCGGGUACUGAUUACGAAAGCAUGGACAACACUUGGCGUGAUAUGCUCAUAACUGUUGAUCUCGUGCCACGUCACACGUUUGCUGGCCUCCAGGCACAUUUACCCAUGUUAUCGCAUCCAGUCGAUGCAGCGAUCGCCCGACUUUCGUAUCUGAACUGCGAAUCGAAACAACGAAUUCUUCGCAGCGCCUUGAAACCAUCUAGUCUCCGUAUGAAUCGCAAAAAUUCGUCCGUUACAUGCUCUUCGCGUCGCUCGACUACCUCUACCGCUUCUAAGAGGAAAGUCAAGUUCCAUCCCUCUGCCAAGAAACCGGUUCCGCGAUAAUUCGUAUUAUUCCGUGGCGUGUUCUUCGUGCGAAAAACUGAUUAAAGGAAAUCAGCGUCUCGAUAAGUCUCACCCGUAUUUUCAGCCUUUGCAUUUCGAACCCUACGCGUUUUCGAUUGGUGC